GCGGAGGGAGAGCUGGCGGAGGAAAAAGCAGCGGUGGCGGUGGUUCACCUUCUCAAACAAACAGGAAGCAAGACCGCGCUCCUGUCCACCUGCGAGAUCCGAGUGCUGCGUGGAGAGACAGCCGGACUGUGGGUUUUAUGUCACACCGAGUUUUUGUACGUGAAACUAAUCUGCCGUGAAGACAUAACAGCAACAAUAACUUUCAGCUGUGUGUUCGUCCGGUACCUUCUUCCACGACCUCACACACCGGAGAGUGACUGAAGAUGCAGAGUCCCAGCCGCUGUCCAGACUGCAGGGAGCAGAGGACCAGGGAGUAAGAGGCUUCAGGAAACUGCAGGUCCUUAUGGUUGAGGUGGUGUGUGGUGCCCCUUGCCAUGCCUCCUGCAAUGACAGACCUCCUGGACAUAUGGGCGGCCCACUCUCCGCUGGCCGGCCACGCUCUGGCUCAGAUCACUGUGGACUUUCUGCUGCCCACCGGCAUCUACAUCCAGAUGGACGUGCCACGCGAGGCCACCAUUCAGCACAUCAAACUGCUCUUAUGGAAGCAGGCUCUGUCGUUCCCACUGUUUCCCUCGCUGGGCGAGAUGGAGAGCCACAUGUUCGAGUGCGUCAACCAGGCAGCCGUGCACGAAGAACUGGAGGACGAAACUCGCCGGCUGUGCGACGUCCGCCCCUUCCUGCCAGUCCUCAAGUUGGUGACGCGCAACUGCGGCCGAGCCGAGCGCCUGCUGGACUCCAAAAUCGGCGUGCUCAUUGGCAAGGGUCUGCAUGAACUCGAUGCCAUAAAUGACCAGGAGGUGAAGGACUUUCGCAGCAAGAUGUUUCGUCUCAGCGAGGAGCGGAUGCAACAGGUCCAGAUGAUGACGUGCACAGAGUGGCUGCAGGCCUGCUUCUCCCCUCAGCUGGAGCCCCCGGCAGGGACGGCCAUCACCGACGGGCUCAACGACCGGCCGGUCGACCUGAAAGUUAUUAUCCACUUCGACCAGUCUCAGGACUCAGCCAGUCUGAAGGUGCCAUCAUCCUGCACCCCCUCUGAGCUGAUGGAGAUGGCCGUGAAGAAGUGGCUGACCACCCACGGGCCUGAGGAGGAGGCGUGGCGGGGUCAGCACGUACUGAGGGUCAGCCACUGUCUGGACUUCCUCUGCGGAGACCAGCCCCUGAUUCAGUACAAGUACAUCCGCACAUGCAUGCAGGCCAAGGAGUCUCCACACCUCACCCUGGUCCACACCAGCACCGUCAAGUUGAUGUUCAACAAGGAAAUCUCUGCCAUCGGUGCCGUGGUCAGCCGCAAGUCCUCCAACCCACCUUUACCACUACCUCCCAAGAGAAGGGUUCCCACGCAAGUACAGACGUGUGUAUGGGAGGUGUCUAUUCCCUUUAAGAUAGUCCUGGUGAAUGGCAGCAAGGUGAACGCGGAGGAGACUGCCAAGGUUCAGGUGAGGGCGGGGCUCUUCCACGGCACGGAGCUGCUCUGCAAGCCGGCGGUGAGCAGCGAUAGCAGCGGGCGCUCGGACCACACGUGGAAAGACAGCACGCUGGAGUUUGACCUCUCCGUCUGUGACCUGCCACGCAUGACCCGCCUCUGCUUUGCCAUCUACGCCGUCAUGGAUAAGGUCAAGAAGCAGAAGUCCACCAAAAACCCUCACAUAAACAAGUACCAGACCAUCCGCAAGGCAGGGAAAGUGCACUACCCCAUCGCUUGGGUCAACACUAUGGUGUUUGACUACAAAGGCCAGCUGAAGACCGGAGACAUCAUCCUGCACUGCUGGUCUUCCUUUCCUGACGAACUUGAAGAGAUGCUGAACCCCAUAGGAACCAUUCAGACCAACCCGUACACUGAGAACGCUACAGCCCUGCACAUCCACUUCCCAGAGUACUCGUCACACUCCAUCGUCUUCCCUCCCUUCGACAAGAUACUGGAGAAAGCUGCGGAGAUCGCCGGAGAAACUGACUGCGUGCACAUCAGUCGUGGGGGCAAGAAGUUCCACAUCGAGCUGAAGGAGAUCAUGGAGCGAGACCCGCUCUCUCAGCUGUGUGAGAACGAGAAGGAUUUGAUCUGGACACUACGCUACGACUGUAUCGACAAUUUCCCUCAGUCGCUGCCCAAGCUGCUGCUCUCCGUCAAGUGGAGCAAACAUGAGGACAUGGCCCAGCUCGAGGCGCUGCUUCAGAUUUGGCCCAGACUGAGUCCCAGAGACGCUCUGGAGCUGCUGGACUUCAACUACCCAGACCAGUACGUCAGAGAGUACGCUGUGCGCUGUCUGCGGGAUAUGAGUGACGAGGAGCUGUCGCAGUACUUGCUACAGUUGGUGCAGGUGUUGCGUUACGAGCCCUACUACGACUGCGCCCUCACCCACUUCCUGCUGGAGCGCGCCCAGGGGAACCGCAAGAUAGGACACUUCCUCUUCUGGCACCUCCGGUCAGAGAUCCACAUGCCGGCUGUUUCGGUCCAGUUUGCCCUGAUGCUGGAGGCCUACUGUCGAGGCAGCAUCCCUCAUAUUGAGGUUCUUAAGAAACAGGUGGAAGCUCUGAGUAAACUCAAGUCAGUGAACGAGCUCAUUAAGCUGGGAACCAUCAAGAACGCUCGCAGCAAGACCAAGGAGGCCAUGUUGACCAAGGAGGCCAUGAUGACAUGUCUGAGGCAGAGUGGAUACUCGGAGACUCUGUCGGAUCUUCACUCUCCUCUAAACCCAAACAUCCUGCUGUCUGGCAUCAAUGUGGAGAGGUGUCGCUACAUGGACUCUAAGAUGAAGCCACUCUGGAUUGUUUACAACAACAAGCUGAUGGGGGGAGACACCCUGGGGAUCAUCUUCAAGAAUGGAGAUGACUUAAGGCAAGACAUGCUGACCCUGCAGAUCCUGAGGUUAAUGGAUCUGCUGUGGAAGGAGGCCAAUCUGGAUCUCAGAAUCGUACCGUAUGGUUGCCUAGCGACAGGGGACCGGUCCGGGCUGAUCGAGGUCGUCUCGUCGGCCGACACGAUCGCCAACAUCCAGCUGACCAGCAGCAACGUGGCGGCCGCCGCCGCCUUCAACAAGGACGCUUUGCUCAACUGGCUGAAAGAGAGGAACUCUGGUGAUGCUCUUGAACGAGCCAUCGAGGAGUUCACUCUGUCAUGUGCAGGCUACUGUGUAGCCACCUACGUCCUGGGCAUCGGAGACCGGCACAGUGACAACAUCAUGGUCCGCAGCACCGGACAGCUCUUCCACAUAGACUUCGGCCACAUCCUGGGCAACUUCAAGUCCAAGUUUGGCAUCAAGAGGGAGCGUGUUCCCUUCAUCCUCACACACGACUUCAUCCACGUCAUACAGCAGGGCAAGACGGGCUACACGGAGAAGUUUGCCAGGUUUGUUCAUUUCAGAAGUGCGUCUUGA